AUAGGUUCCUACUCUCCUCCGAACUGUGAAAAGAAAGGCUUUCUCAGCUGGGAGUAGGGUCUUGCUUGUUGACUGUGGAUAUCAUGGGAAAGCACGGAAAGAAGCAGAAACACAAACACCAACACCAACACCAACACCAACGUAGAGGAAGAGCCUCGUACAUUUCUGAAGAAGAACAAGAACAAGAAUACCCAGUGAGCCUGCCUUCAUCUUUAGCUUCCAAACUCACUCUGUCUGAUAAGGAAAAUGAAUCGGAAGACGAAGGAGAGAAAAUUGAAGAAGAUGAUGAAAGUGAUAAAAACCCAUUAACUAGUGACAUCCCAUCCAAGUUCUUACUCUAUCAACAGUCUGUACAGUCACCGAAAGGAGACAUAAGUUAUUUGCAAAAGUUCUUUUUGAUGUAUGUGGGUGGGAGGGUCCCCCUGCAUCUCCAAGAAGAUUUCUGUGGAACUGCUCUUCUUAGUGCAGAAUGGCUCUGCAGUGACCCAAGACGGACAGCUGUAGGAUUGGACUUGGAUAUUGAGGCACUUGAUUGGUGCAUAGAAAACAAUGUAAACAAAAUUCGAGCUGAUGGGUACUCCAGAUUAUCCCUUUUCCAUGGCAACGUCUUGCAACCUCUAGAGGCCACAUUAGUCAAAUUUGAGUGCCAAGAUCCCAUACCAGAUAUUACACCAAAAGAUAAUGAAGAUGGUAUAGAUGCACUUCCAUUAGAUUCUACUUUACAGGGAAGCCCUAUCACUUUUCCAAAGGUAAAGUUCAUGAAGGACUAUCAAUUGCCUGCAAGAGAUAUUGUAUGUGCUUUUAACUACAGUUGUUGCUGUCUCCAUACUCGUCAAGAGCUGGUUUUAUAUUUCAAGCAUGCGCUUAACGCGUUGAAUAGGAAAGGUGGUAUCUUUGUGAUGGAUCUCUACGGCGGAACAUCAUCUGAGUGUGAGUUAAGGCUGCAGAGAAGAUUUCCUAAUUUCACGUAUGUUUGGGAGCAAGCCGGGUUUGACAUCAUUCAGAGGAAAACGAGAAUUAGCCUCCAUUUUAAUCUCACAAAGCAGCAUAAAAAACUGCGCCAUGCAUUUUCCUACAGUUGGAGACUGUGGUCGUUGCCUGAGGUUAAAGACUGCUUAGAAGAUGCUGGAUUUCGGUCUGUCCACUUCUGGAUUCGACGGAUGCCAGACAGUGAGGAGAUCAGAAGCGUGGAGGGAUUUGGUGAUAGUCGAGACACGAAAUAUGAAGAUGUGGCAAGCUUUCAACAAAGAGAUUCAUGGAAUGCAUACAUUGUUGGUGUUGCAUAGCAACUAAUUUGCCCCAUCCUUGCCAAUUUAUCUUAGAACUACUGAAAUUACCAGCAAAUGAAGAAAUGUAAGUUUCAAAUAUGCUUCAAAUUCAGUAAUCAAAGAGCUUCACUCCUCAACUCUAUGUUUUUUGAAGCCAUCUUUUCCUACACAUUGAUUCUGCAUUCGACAAAUAGGAUUUAACCUUAAGUGCAUCCUAAAGAAGCCUAAGUUGCCACUUAUGGAUCUUCUCGAGUGCUGUUGUAGAAUGUGAUACGGGAACUACUGUUUUUGUCCACUUUUUCAUACCCAAAAUGCAAUUUGUAUUCAUCUCAGAUACACACAUGUUGAAGUUCAGUUGAUUUUGGAACAGCCAUGCAUUAAUCCUUGAGCUUAUGUUCGACACCAGAAACUUUCGAAACACUAUUGUGAUGAAUAGCUGAAUCCGAAUA